CCGCCGAGGCCCAGCCCUGUCACCUGCUCCGCGUAUGACUUUAUGAUCCGACCUUCCUUUUCUCUAGCUGUUCAGUGAGGAUAAUAAUGCCUUGUGAAUUAUAGGGUUACAGCGGGGAGGCGACAGGGGAUGCCCCCGAAGCGUCGAGACAGGUUGUUAACUAGGAUGAGUGUUGUGAGUCUUGAUAGCCCGCUCCCUGCUGCAAGCUCCCCGGGUCGUCGUAACUCCCUAUGUCCUGGCGGGAGGGGGUGCCCUGUGGGCCUGACAGUGGACCACCAGCGUCAUUUAUUCUAAGUAGUUAUUUGUGGGUUUACUUUAAAAGUAACGGAUAUUUAGCAUUUAAAAAAUAGACAGAAUCGAAGAUAGACAAUUAAAAGGUCCUAUCUCCAGUUCUGGAGCCCUGGUGGCUCAGUGGUUAAGAGCUGGGCGGCUAACCAAAAGGUGAGCAGUUUGAAAUCACCACCCGCUCCUUGGAAAUCCUAUGGGGCAGUUCUACUCUGUCCUAUGGGGCCGCUAUGACUCAGAAUCGACUGGACCGCGGUGGGUAUCUCCAGUUCUCCUUCCUGAAGAUGAGUUCUGGAAGCAGUACACAAAAAGUUUUCUACUGUGUAUAAAUAUGUGUGUGAAUGUGAUCCCAUUUUAUUAAUAAUUUAUUUCCCACGUGUUGUAGAGCAUCUGUCAGAAAUGUGGUAGGGUGGUAAGGAAAUAACGGUAGCUUUAUCACUUGGUGGUGCAAAUAGCUGCUAACUGAAAGGUUUAGCCAUUCAUAGGUGCCAAGGAACAAAGGCCUGGUGCUCUACUUCUGAAAAAUCAGCCAUUGACAGCUUGAUGGAGCACAGUUCUACUCAGACACAUGAGGGGUUGCCAUGACUUGGAAUUGACUGGAGGUGGCAGAUUUGUAGCCCCGUAGCACCCACAUCCUCUCUCUGUAGGUUUCUCGAGUCGGGAUCUGGUUCUGAUUGGCCCUCAGCACUCUGAAGGGUCCUGGAUAUGUGAGUGUCCUGUCAGUGGCAAGAUCACAUGGGCCCCACCCUGAAGGAGGCAUUUGAAGUAGAAGACACACCCCCACAGAAGGCUUGAGGGGUGUAUUGAGAAUGGCCCUGAACUGUCAGCUUAUUUGGACCCUUGUCCAGGCUCUGUUGGCCAGGACUGUUGACGGUGGGCUUUUGGAUCUUCCAGGUGAGGGGUAGGUGAUCUCAGGUCCUGCCAGUGUGAAGACGCUGUGGUUCCAGGAAGCAGGGGUUUGCCCUUAACUUUGUAAUGUGUUUGCCCCAUCGCACACACAGGUACUCUCCCCAAGGGACUUUAAAUUCUUCGUUCCCCCACGUUGGUGCCUUUUUUGUUGUUUGACCAUCUUAGCUGUCAUCCGGGAGUCGAAAGUGUUCUUUAGAGACUGAGAUCUUAAUGGCAUUUGUGUGAACUACGAUGGUGUCUGUAGCCUUUAGGUCAUUUGAACAUCAUAUGGCCUUCUUUGUUUUCUCCUCUCGCUUUCUUGAUCUUUUCCACCCUCAGUAAAAAGAAGAUAUCGCUCCUGGCCCUAAGGGUUCCACUAGAAAGCUAAUGACUUGGUCUUCAUUAAGUUGGGAUUCCUGGAAUAAAGGACCAUGCUGGUUUGCCAUUACCAGCCUUGUCCCAUCUCAGGGGAAGUGUCCUCCAGAUUUAUCCACCUGGCACAUCCCCCUCACCUUGCCCUCUUCCAGGGAAUGCUUAGAGGAAUUUCUAGUCACCUGACAUUUGCUGAGCACCAACCACAUCCUAGUUUCUGUUUCAGGGCUUUCUUUUCAUUUUUUAAAAAUCUAUUUUUAAAAUUCUCACACUCAUGUUGAUGUUCGGAUUUAUGAGUCGUAACAGAUGCUUAGAGUCAUUUAUCUACCACUACAAUCAAGAUACAGAACAGCUCCAUCACCCGGAAAAUUCCCUCCUGUUGCCCCUUUGUGGUGUGCCCCUUCCCACCCUGUACCACUGAUCUGUCCUCCAACUCUGUGGCUUUGGUUUUUCCCAAAUGCCAUAUAAAAGGAAGCAUACAGUAGGCAGCCUGUUGAGUUUGGCUUCCAUUUAGUGUAAUGCAUUUGAGAUUCAUCCAUGUGUUGCAUGUAUCAACUGUUCCUUCCUCUUUAUUGCUGAGUAGCCUUCCAUUGUAUGGAUGUACCACAGUGUUUUCACCCAUUCUUCCAUGUGUUUUUAACAGCAGCCCUGGGAGGUAUUAGGAAUACCCCCAUUAGACAGUGAGGAGCAAGAGACUUGGAGAUGCUAAAGAACUAAGUUGUGUUGUUGGUGUUUUUUUGUUUAAUUGUGGUGAAAACAUACAUAACAUACGCCGUCUCAACAGUUACUACAAGUACAGUUCAGUGACAUUGAUUACAUUCAAGUUGUGCACCCAUCUCACUAUCCUUUUCCAACAUUGUUCCACCACCAUUAACAUAAACUCACUGCCCCCUAAGCAAACACUCCCCCUUUCCACCCCACCCCGUAACCACUUAAUAAGCUUUGGUUUCUAUGUAUUUGCUUAUUUCAUGUGAAUGAAUUCAUAUAGUAUUCGUCCUUUUAUGACUAGCGUAUCUCACUCAGCAUGAUGUUUUCAAGGUUCAUCCAUGUUGUGGCAUGCAUUAGGACCCCAUUUCUCUUUAUGGCUGGGUAGUAUUCCAUGGUGUGUAUAUUCUACAUUUUGCUUAUCCAGUCAUCUGUUGGUGGACGUUUAGAUUGUUUCCACCUUUUGGCUAUCGUGAAAAGUGCUGCAGUGAACAUUCGUGUACAUUUUUGCAUUCCUGCUUUCACGUCUUCUGGGCAUAUACCUAGGAUUGGGAUUGUUGGGUCAUAUGGUAGUUCUGUAAAGUAUUAUAAGGACAUGUGCAAAGAGCUGGAGAUGGAAAACCAAAAGGGAAGAACGUGCUUGGCGUUUCUCAAGCUGAAAGAACUGAAGAAAAAAUUCAAGCCUCGAGUUACAAUAGUGAAGGAUUCUAUGGGGAAAAUAUUAAAUGACCCAGGAAGCAUCAAAAGAAGAUGGAAGGAAUACACAGUCAUUAUACCAAAAAGAAUUAGUCGAUGUUCAACCAUUUCAAGAGGUAGCAUAUGAUCAGGAACCGAUGGUACUGAAGGAAGAAGUCCAUGCUGCUCUGAAGGCACUGGCAAGAAACAAGACUGUAGGAAUUGAUGGAAUAUCAGUUGAGAUGUUUCAACAAACAGAUGCAGGACUGGAGGUGCUCACUCGUCUGUGCCAAGAAAUAUGGAAGACAGUUUCCUGGUCAACUGACUGGAAGAGAUCCAUAUUUAUGCCUGUUCCCAAGAAAGGUGAUCCAACCCAAUGUGAAAAUUAUAGAACAAUAUCAAUAUCACACGCAAGCAAAAUUUUGCUGAAGAUCAUUCAGAAACAGCUGCAGCAGUAUAUCGACAGGGAACUGCCAGAAAUUCAGGCCAGUUUCAGAAGAGGACUUGGAACCAGGGAUAUCAUUGCUGAUGUCAGAUGGAUCUUGGCUGAAAGCAGAGAAUACCAGAAGGAUGUUUCCCUGUGUUUUAUUGACUAUGCAAAGGCAUUCGACUGUAUGGAUCGUAACAAAUUAUGGAUAACAUUGUGAAGAAUGGGAAUUCCCAAACACUUAAUUGUGCUCAUGAGGAACCUUUACAUAGAUCAAGAGGCAUUUGUUUGGACAGAACAAGGGGAUACUGAUUGGUUUAAAGUCAGGAAAGGUGUGUGUCAGGGUUGCAUAAUUUCACCAUACCUAUUCAGUCUGUUUGCUGAGCAAAUACUACGAGAAGCUGGACUAUAUGAAGAAGAACAGGGCAUCAGGAUUGGAGGAAGAGUCAUUAACAACCUGCAUUGUGCAGAUGACACAACCUUGCUUGCUGAAAGUGAAGAGGACUUGAAGCACUUACCAGUGAAGAUCAAAGACUAUAGCCUUCAGUAUGAAUUGCACCUCAACAUAAAGAAAACAGAAAUCCUCACAACUGGACCAGUGAGCAACAUCAUUAUAAAUGGAGAAAAGAUUGAAGUUGUCAAGGAUUUCAUUUUACUUGGAUCCACAAUCAACAGCCAUGGAAGCAGCAGUCAAGAAAUCAAGAGAUGCAUUGCAUUGGGUAAAUCUGCUGCAAAGGACCUCUUUAAAGUGUCGAAAAGCGAAGAUGUCACCUUGAGGACUAAGGUGUACCUGACCCAAGCCAUGGUAUUUUCAGUCACAUCAUAUGCAUGUGAAAGCUGGACAAUGAAUAAGGAAGACUGAAGAAUUGACGCCUUUGAAUUGUGGUGUUGGUGAAGAAUAUAUAGUAUACCGUGGACUGCCAAAAGAACGAACAAAUCUGUCUUAGAAGAACUACAACCAGAAUGUUCCUUAGAAGCAAGAAUGGCGAGACUGUGUCUUACAUACUUUGGACAUGUUGUCAGAAGGGAUCAGUCCCUGGAGAAGGACAUCAUGCUUGGCAAAGUACAGGGUUAGCGGAAAAGAGGAAGACCAUCAACGAGGUGGAUUGACAUGGUGGUUGCAACAGUGAGCUCAAGCAUAACAAUGAUUGUAAGAAUGGUGCAGGCUUGAGGCUGCGUUGGCAUCUCCUGUCUGGAGGGGGGAUGGGAGGAUAGAGGGAGCUGGAAGCUGGCAAAAUUGUCACGAAAGGAGAGACUGGAAGGGCUGACUAGUUAGGGGGAGAGCAAGUGGGGGUAUGGAGUAAGGUGUAUAUAAACUUAUAUGUGACAGUCUGACUUGAUUUGUAAACAUUCACUUGAAGCUCAAUAAAAGUUAAAACAAAAAAAAAAAAGAAUGGUGCAGGACCGGGCAGUGUUUUGUUUUGUUGUGCAUAGGGUCGGAACCAACUUGGCAGCACCGAAUAACAAGCAAUAGUGGUAGUUCUAUGUUCAACUUUUUGAGGAAACUUUAAACUGUUUUUCACAAUGGCUGUACCAUUUUGGAUUUUUACCUGCAAUGGAUGAGGGUUCCAGUGUUUCCACAUCCUCACCAAUACUUGUUGUUUUCCAGUUUUUUGAUCAUUGCCAUUCUAAUAGGAGUAAGGUGAUAAUCUCAUUGUGGUUUGAUUUGCACCUCUGUCCUAUAGGGUCGCUGUGAGUCGGCACUGGGUUUUUUUUAAUGCCUAAUGAGGUGCGCUGGUGGUGCAGUGCUUAAGCGCUUGGCUGUUAACUGAAAGAUUAGUGGUUCAAACCUACCAGCCACGCCAUGGGAAAGAUGGCAUUCUGCUUCUGUAAAAGAUUUACAACCUUGGAAAUCCUAUGGAGCAGUUCUGCUUUGUCCUGUAAAGUGGCUAUGAGUUGGAAUUGACCGAACGGCAGUGGGUUUAAUGACUAAUGAGUCAGAAUAGAUUCCAUGACAGUAGGUUUGGUGUUUGUUUUAAUGGCUAAUGAAGGAGCCCUGAUUGCACAAUGGUUAAGCACUUGACUGCUAACUGAAAGGUUGAUGGUUUGAACUCACCAGCCACUCCACUGGAGAAAAGACCUGGCGAUCUGCUCCCAUAAAGAUUAAAAAAGAUUACAGCCUAAGAAACCCUAUAGGCCAGUUCUGCUCUGUCCUGUAGGGUUGCUGUGACUCAACAGCACACAAUAACAAAAACAAUGGCUAAUGAUAUUGAACACCUCAUGUGCUUGUUGGCCAUUUAGAUACCCUCUUGUGAAAUAUCUGUUCAGUUUGUCUUUUUAUUGUUAAGUUAUAGACUUUUAAAAAAAAAUAAUUUUUAUUGUGCCUUAAGUGAAAGUUUACAAAUCAAGUCAGUCUCUCACAUAUAAACUUAUAUACACCUUACAGCAGUUCAAAUCCGCCAGGCGCUCCUUGGAAACUCUAUGGGGCAGUUCUACUCUGUCCUAUAGGGUCGCUAUGAGUUGGAAUCGACUCAACGGCACUGGCCAUGUCAGAGCUCAGCGAUGAGGCCAGUGAGCCGGAACUCCUGAACCGCAGCCUGUCCAUGUGGCAUGGGCUGGGUCCACAGGUCAGCCGGGAGGAGCUGGAUGUUCCCUUGGAUCUGCACACCGCUGCUUCCAUCGGCCAGUACGAAGUGGUAAAGGAGUGUGUCCAGCGGAGAGAGUUAGAUUUGAACAAGAAGAACGGUGGUGGCUGGACCCCGCUGAUGUAUGCCUCUUACAUUGGACAUGAUACCAUUGUGCACCUGCUGCUCGAGGCGGGGGUGAGUGUGAAUGUGCCGACCCCGGAAGGGCAGACUCCACUGAUGCUGGCCUCCAGCUGUGGCAACGAGAGCAUCGCCUACUUCCUCCUCCAGCAAGGUGCUGAGCUGGAAAUGAAAGAUAUCCAGGGCUGGACUGCUCUCUUCCACUGCACCAGCGCUGGGCACCAGCAAAUGGUCAAGUUUCUCUUGGACAGUGGAGCCAAUGCCAAUGUGAGGGAGCCGGUGUUCGGGUUCACACCUCUGAUGGAAGCCGCAGCUGCUGGCCAUGAGAUCAUCGUGCAGUAUUUUCUGAACCAUGGAGUCAAAGUGGACACACGAGACCACAAUGGCGCCACAGCCCGGAUGCUGGCCAAGCAGUAUGGACACAUGAAGAUUGUGGGGCUGAUAGACACCCACGCAACAGCUCUGCCCACGAGCCUCUUUCGGAGCCCAGGAUUUGAAAGUUCCAGCUCUUGGUUUUCAACUUUGUCUCUCCCAAACACACCAGAGAACAUGUUGUGGUCAGUCUUUCCACCAGCAGGUACUGCCAAUCAGAGGCAGAGGCCGUGCCGGAAGAAGGGCCUCAGCAUCCAUGAGGGGCCUCGUGCCUUGGCCAGGAUCACUGCCAUUGGACUUGGAGGCAGGACCCAGCAGCCUUGCUACGAGCAGGUGCCUCCACGGGGCUAUGUCACCUUCAACAGCAGUGAUGAGAAUCCCCUGAAAGGGGGGGGGCUUUGCUACCGGGACGUCACCUCCCCCAUCAACGACCAGGACGUGGAGAGCAGCAGCAGCAGCAGCAGGGAAGAGCAUGCUUUCUGUGCCAACCAUGGGACUACCCGGAGCAGCAGCAGUGAGGGGCUGGCCCGGGCCCAGGGAGUCAGCAGCGAGGCUUCUCUAGAGAGCAAUGAGGAUUCAGAUCACACACAUAAAAGCUUAGUUCGCAAGCAAACGAAAAGCUAUGUGAAGACCAAGAGCCGUUACAGCAACAGUGACAGCCAGUGGCCUCCAAGCACCAGAACCUCUGGGGUACCCUGUUCCCCAGGAUCCAUCCCCCAAACCCAGAGGUCCCCCUAUUCAGGACCCCAGGACCUUGCCUCACUGCUGGAGCAGAUUGGGUGUCUGAAGUACCUGCAGGUGUUUGAGGAGCAGGAUGUGGACCUCCGCAUCUUCCUGACCCUCACCGAGAGUGACCUGAAGGAGAUCGGCAUCACUUUGUUUGGGCCCAAGAGGAAGAUGACCUCUGCCAUUGCCCGCUGGCACAGCAGUGCCCGCCCCCCCAGUGACGCCCUGGAGCUGGCCUACGCCGACCGGCUCGAGGCUGAGAUGCAGGAGCUGGCCAUCCAGCUGCACAAGUGCUGCGAGGAGGUGGAGGCCAUGCGGGGCCAGGUGUCGCAGGAGCAGGAGUUGCGGGCCGUGGUGGAGAGCUGCCUCCUAGAGCAAGACGGUGUCCGCAAAGCUGCGCAAGCCCAGCUGCAGGAGACCCAGGCCCUCACGCGCACUGCCGCUCUCGUCCUGGAUCAGCUGCGAGCCUGCCAAGCAGAGCUAUCAACCCGGGUGAGGCAGGAUGAGUCCCCAGGAAGGACAUCCCGGAGCCCAGUUGUACCCACUGCUGUCCUGACUUUUUACAUAGCGUGUCUGAGGGGGCCCAGUGGGGACAGCUCAGCAGCCCAGGACAGAGGCAGGGCCUGCAAGACACAGACCCCAGGCCCACCAGACCUCUGCCCAGCAGAUUGCAAAGGCUGGCAGGCAUCCCUGCAGGCCAUGAGCCUCCCUGAGCUGUCCAGAGCCCUAGAGGACCGUGUCCAGGAGAUGGGGCAGGCACUGUGCUCGGUGACCCAGAGCCUGGAGAAGCUGCAAGUGCUGAAUGGGAAACAGAACUGGCGGGAGCCAUAGCCAGGUAGUUGUGGCCAGAAUCUGACGUUGGGUGACUAAUCCACCCUGAAGCUGUGCGCCAGAAGGACAUUGCAGGCAGGGAGCAGUGGUGGCCCAGGGGGGCCGAGGACUGGCCCCUUGGAGCAGUGGCAGAGGCGGGCCGGGCUGCGCAGGGCCAGCACUGAGGCAGGACAGGCCACUCAAAACUGGCCGUGAGGCCCACCGUGUGUGGCCAGCCCUGGUCCAGAGCAUGGGAACAGUGCAUGGGCCAUACACCAUAAGUGCCAGAUUCAGGUUUGACCUUUCAGUGCAGACUGGGACGCCUGGUCCGCACAUGUUAUUUGUUGGAAAAUAAAAUUUAAGAUCACUUGGUAAGAA